AUGGCGAUGGAGACGAGUGCAGAUAUUUAUCAUCGGGCACGGCGUGUCCUCGUUGGUGCCAAAAUGAGGCAGUCCAAGGAAUCCUGGGAUGAAUUGUUCCACGCAGCAGACAAGGACAGAUCGAAGACUCUGGAUCUUAAGGAGCUGACGCAGGCGACACUGCCAAAGGAUAUCUUCCGAAUUUGCAUGACGAGGUUUCUCGUGCUCUUGCCCUUUGCUAUUUGCAGUGCCCAGUUCGUCUGCAGGGACCCUGGCUGGUCGGAUGAUUUCUGCUCGCCUCAGGGCACCAACGUCUCCGGUUGCAGCGGCGAAGGCUAUGGCCUGUUGCCCAGAAGCCCGGACUGGAUGCAGAUCCGCCAGCGUCUGAUCCGAGAGAUCUUUGGACAGGAGAUGCUCCCUCGCAAGUCCAGGCCGGACAGUGUCACAACGAAGGCAGUGCGGCAUUUGUUUCCCGACUGUUUGUAUGCUGCGUGGGGGAGCGGAAACAGAAGUGACUGUGAGAAAGUCAUCAAUGUCACCGAAAUUCGGUGGGCUAUGCCUGCCAGGCUAAAAGCGAAUUACUCAAUGACAUUGACUUCGAAGGUUUUCUUGACACUGAGCACUUCGGGGUAUGCGCCCAACUACGACAUCUGGGGCGCAGGCCAGCCAGCAGAUCCACAGCUUCCUCGUAAGGGAAAGACUUUGGUGCUCUUCCACAACGGCCAUGGAAUGUCGAAGGGCUGCCCGACAUACGGAGACACGGAUGGGAGCGCGGACUGGCUCAACCAGAUGGGGUUUGAUGUGGCUACAGUAAUGAUGCCCUUCAAGGACUGCAACUCCGACCCCCAUGAUCCUCGCAGUCUGCAUGCUUGGUUCCAACCCUUCGAGGAUGAAGGAAAGCCUUGGGUGCAGUACUUUCUUGAGCCAGUAAUCAACACAAUCAAUUUUGCCAUUGAUUCGUUGGCAUAUGAGAGGAUCAUCAUGAUGGGUUUGAGUGGAGGUGGUUGGACCACAACACUGGCGGCAGCCGUGGAUCCCAGAAUAGUGCUCUCGAUUCCGAUUGCUGGCAGCCUUCCAUGUGAUUUCCGGCACACCAGUUGGGACUUCGAGCAGUUCUGUUCCGAUCGGUGGGCGCAGAUAGGAAACUACACGGCCUUGUACGUCCUAGCGGCCCUGGAGAAGGAUCGAGCCAGUGUGCAAAUGCUUCGCGAAUCCGACCCCUGCUGCUUCCAUGCCUGCGGUCGUCAUUCGCGGAUCCAGGACUACAACAGAUUUGUCAAUUCGGCAGCACGCGGUGUCUUCGAGACUGUCGUGACGGAGGGGAAUCUGCAUCAGUUCAACCCGCGGGAGAAGGUGAUUGCAGCGACUUUGAUCGGCAAGAUCGCUCGGAAGGAGGAGAUCAAGGCGUGCGACGUGCAGUCGCCAUUCAAUGUUCUCCGUGAAAAGCUACGUAUUCCCGACACCACGCUUCCGGACCAUGAGAUCCAGGUCGUCUUCUGCGAAAUUGACAUUGACAAGACUGGGGCCAUUUCCGGCCCCGAGUUUUCCCGGUUUGUCUCACGUGGACCCUUGAACCCAGAGGAGGAGGCCAAGCUCUUUGCAGUUCGGGUAAAAAGAGUACACCGGAACCUUCGCUUGGGAUUCCGAAACUAUAGGACAGAUGAUGCAGCAGUGCGAAAGCUUUUCGAUCGCAUCGACAGAGGCGGUGACGGCCGCAUCUCAAUGCACGAGCUGAUGGGCUUCGUGCGGGAAGACUUGAAGCUCAGCAGGUGGGAUGUUUUUGAGUCAGAAAUGAAAGCCUUCUACAAGAGUAUGGAUGACAACGGAGAUGGUCUGGAUGCAAAUGAGCUUGUCAAGUUUAUCCGUCACACACGGGCGGCAAAUGGCAAGCAGAACCAGCGCAAUCAGACGGGCGCUUACCUGGGUGGCCCCAUGGCCGCCGUGUGCCAGGAAGCCCAGCGAGCGGAGCAGCGACAGGAGCCGUUGCAAGCUCAGCGGCGCUUCGAAGAAGCAGCCCAGCUCUGGUCUCGGAUCUGUGGCCGGGAAGCCCUUGCAGCGGAGGCUUGGGCUGAGGCUGGCCGCCUGCGCCUUGAGCUCGGGGCUCCUUUAGACGCAGUGGUCGCCUGCGAGCACGGCCUCCGCCUCAGUGCACGGCACUGGCGCCUUGGCUUCCUCAGCGCGCUGGCGCUGGAGUCCAUCGGCCUGCUCAGCACCGCCGAGGAGCGGCUCCAACAGGCAGCUCGGCUCCUCACCGAGGUGGCCGCGAAGGAGGCGCUCUCAGCUGUCCUGGAGGCUUUGCGCAGGGUCCGGGCACGGACUGCGCAGCUGCAGGCAGGAGAGCCACAGGCGCUCAUGGAGGAGAUUCAGAGGAUGGGCUCCUUACUGGGUGACAAAGAGGCGGGCUACUGGAUAAGCAGCGUGGGAGAGUGCAGCCGCAGCGCAGAAGGGCAGGCAGAGCUUGUCCAGAAAGGUUUCCUGGAUUCAUCGCAGCGUGAUAUGAAGCAGCCGGUGGCAGUGGCAAGAAAAGCGAGCCUGGUGGCAAUGAGGUACCGCAUCAACAAGAAGCUGCAGCGUUACCUUUCCGGAGCCGGGCUACUGCUCGGAGUCGCUGAGCAAUGUGUACUUCCAAAGGCUCUUCGCCACCCGGGAGCCUCGGAGCUUCUCGGCAGCGCUGCGGAAGUGCUGAAAUCUCGGCGCCUAGCUGUGGUCGAUGGUGCAUUCCCAGCAGAUGCGAUUGCACAGGUGCAGUCUGAACUGAAGAUGCUUCGAAGCGAGCAGGUUCUGCAGAACGAUGUGAACGACGUCUGCAACCCUCUUCAGGAGGCGAAAUACCUCCCAUAUGGUGCCGACGAUGCUGCAAGCACUUUCCGGGCCAGGUGCCCCAUCACCAUGCAGGUCACUCGACAACUUGCCGGCCUUGCAGCAGUCCUAGAAGAGCUUCUAGGUCUGGACCUGGCAGUGCCACAGUCGGUCAUGGCUGCUUGCUAUCCCCCACAUGCGUCCUACAAGAUGCACCUGGACAGCUACUUCUUGCAAGGCUGUCCGGAUGAUGUCCCGCGCAAAGUCACCGUGCUGCUGUACUGCAACCACGGCUGGAGCCCCAAGGUUGGCGGAGAGCUGCGGGCCUGGGGACCUUUCGAUCAAGGUCAGGGCCCGGCGCAGACCAUUGAGCCGCUUCCAGGGCGCAUGGUGGUUUUCCUGUCAGAGGAGAUCUGGCACGAGGUCCUCGAGUCGCACGGCGAGCGUUUUGCGCUGGUUGACAAGUUCAGCUUCGUUGAGGACACCAGUACGUCCUCCGCCCAGCUGCGACGUAGGCCGACCUAUCGCACUCAGCUGCUGUCUGAUCGAAUGCCGAAGUCGCAGAGCGCUGGCGAGCUGAGGAGCGGGGGCGGAAGCCCUACGUUUGUUUCGACACCCUCCUUCGUGAAUCUGGGCAGAACCAGCUUGGAUGUGGUGUCCCCAUACUUGGACUGCAGCCACAAGAGCUCCCCAUUGUCACCACUCUUCACCCAAAGGGCGAAGGACGGCAACUCCAAAGAAGCAGCCGACAAUCGGCUGGUUCACUUCACGCACGCAACGCAGCAUGAGCGACCGUGGUUCGUAGGUGAAGGCCACGGUGUCGAGCCUUUGAAACCGACGGAAGAGGAGGCCAGUUUGGAGUGCUCCACUUCGGCGGCGUCACAGGAGGUUCAGGAAGAGCGGCAAGUGUCACGGGAGCGCUCCUCGAAGACGCGCUGGGCAGAUGUGGAUUCGGAUGAGGAUGAAGAUCAUCAUGGCUUUGUUGGCUUCAACGCCAAGACAUCAUCGCCGGACAAGAUGCCUGCGCAGGGUGAGAGCGAUGAGGAAAACGAGGAAGAUGACCAAGACGACAGCGAAAAUGAUGAAGGUUCAGAUGAGCCAGCAGAGGAGGAGUGGCAGGAGGUCAAGAGGGAGAAGAAACCAAAGGCCAUGCCAAAGCCAGAGGCAACCAGGCCCCGCCGAGAGCGCCGGGACCGUGGACGCCGAGGGGAGGACCGUAAAGAUGCAAAGAAGGACGAGAACGGACAAGAGAGAGAGGCCCAGCAGUCCACGAGGAGACGGCGAGAUGGUGACAGGACUCGUCGCGACCGCCGACGAGCAGGAGGUGGAGGUGAAGCCCCGAAGCUGCGGCAGGAGGAGGCGAAGAAGCCAGCUGAAUCUGAUUGGCGGCGCAGGGACCGCGGCGAGAAAGAAGUGGAGGCUCCAAAGCCUGUCGAGAAAAAGCCACCAGCGCGAGAGCAGAAGGCGCCCAGGGAGCAAAAGGAAUCGAGGGAACCAAGAAAAGAGAACGGGGCCGGUGGCGAGAAGAAGCUCGUCGAAAAGCAGGGCAGCAGGAACUCCGGCGAGGGGGACACUGGCAAAUUCCGGCCGCCGAACAGAAGGUCGCAGGACUCCCAACCGCGCCAAUCACGACAGACCUCAGGCCGUUCAGAGGAUGGUGGCCGAAAUCGUGGUGACCGCCGCAGGCACCCGGCACAUGAUCAAGGCGAUGAGAAGCUGAAGAAUUGGGUUGCAAUGUUGGACCUUGUCGAAGACGGCAUUGGCUUCGGUCAUGCGUGCAAUGUCUUCGAGAUUUUGAUGUUCAGCCCGAAGUCCUGCACAACAAUCAUGGGCACUGCAGCUUUGCGGGUGGUUAAAGGUCUGGCAAUGGGAACCGAGGCCAAGGCUCCAGUGCCGAGGUUGGGCAUGACUCGAGAUCUCUCAAGGCAUCACCUCUACUGGCAUGAGAGCUUUGUAGCUGUGACGGGGAUGUUUGAUUUUACAGGCCAGAUUGCCAAGACCUGUCGAGAGGUGGCCGAUUCUUCUCAGUAUCGCCGUGAAGCAACUGCUGCAAAAUCCGGCCGGCCCCACAUGGCCUUGGUUCUGAGAAGCCACGGUCAUCGGAGUUCUGUGCGGCGGCGCCCGGACCAUGCCGUCUGCCAAGCAGAAGGCGGAGUCACAACUAGUGAGGAGAACGAUGAAGCAGCGAAGAACGCUGUUGUAGAGGCACCAGCCUUGUCGCAGAGGCGAUGCUUCUUCAAAGCCGGGGCUUGGCUCAGCUUUGUGACUCAGCUGGCCCAGAAUGCCGACCCCGUCGCAGAGCUUGGGUGUCAGUCGACCUGUGGCACCAACAACCACCAAAAGAUGCAGGCAGAGCUUGCUCAAAACGCACGUCGCCAGCUACGGCCGGCCUCCCUUCUUCAGGCUAUGCCUGAGGCCCUUUGCCCUGCUCGUCGACGCAAAGCUCAUUGCCGGCACCAUGGCGUUUAUGGCGCUCUCGACAAAGAGGCCCUAGAAGACGGUGGUUCCCCAGUGCCGCCUUUGACCAAAAAGCAGCAACAUGCGCGGGCUUGGGGCUUGGGCCGGCGCAAAGAAGGCACUCCAGCCCUGAUGGGGGACGCGUACAGUCCUGCAAGCCCUGACGGAGAGAUGCUCGCCCCUUUAUCAGGAUUCGCCGACACUGCCGACUUUUGGUCCUGGACUGCUGCCUUGCCAAGGCUGCGAUUGGCCGCGAGCCCAUCACGGCUCCUCCUUGACCGGGUCCUUCACGUGACCGUUGCUGCCCUCAACUUUGUGCAUGCCAACUUCCGUCCCGCUGUGGAGCCUUGGGGGCUGGCGGUUGGCGGAUUCCCCGAGCUUCAAGGAGACGGAGAGGAGAAUUUUGCUACAGUAUCUACAGGCUUCAUCUACGCGAACGGCAUCUUUCCGAGUGUGUUUUGCGACUAUGGCAACAACAACUUCGGACCGCUCCCGGCAAACGAGGCAGACCAGCAAGCGAUGCUAAGGUCCACUCCGAUCAUCGUCGCCAAUCACGUUAGCUACCUCGAUGUUAUGGUGCUGCCCCUUGCCUUGCAGAUGCCGAAGUUCAUGUCGAAGGCCGGUGUUCGAAAUGCACCUUUGUUCGGCACGCUGGGAGAUGACCUGGAAUACAUCUGGGUGGAUCGCGGAUCGAAGGACGCACGAGGUGCUGCCUUGGGAGCCAUCCAUGAGCAUGUCGCCGGCUGGAAAGAUGGAGAUCGACCUCUGUUGAUCUUUCCAGCGGGAACCACUUCGAAUGGCACAUCGCUCCUGGAAUUCAAACAAGGUGCCUUCGUUUCGGGGGCUCCCGUGCGGCCUGUGCUCUUGAAGCACACUGGUGCCUGGAAUCCUGCCUGCACGGAUUACCUGAUGACGGACGAUGGCCAACGUUCCUUGUACUCUGACGGCGAAUGGGCAAUGAACUUCUGGGCGCACCUGUUGCACAGCUGUACCAUCUUCAUCUGCGAGCCAUAUUAUCCAUCUGCUGAAGAGAAGGCGAACCCCAAGCAUUACGCGUCGAACGUACGCGCGUACAUGCUGGAGAAGCAGCGCGAGCUCGAGCCACUCGGUUUGGUAACUCGGUGGUGGCGGCAUGUCAUCUCAGUAUUCGCACAGCAGCAAUCACGAAGACAGCUUCAGCUUUCAGUUUGUCAGACUGUCGGCAUCUGUCGUUUCCAACUUGCCAGGACUUGUCCAAGUGUGAGUGUACUCAAAACCCAAAGCCCUGAAUAUGUGAUAGGGGAGACAUGUAGCAGAUUUGAACAGGUGACAGAGUCCGUGACAGAGAGACUGCGUUUUUUUAUAUGA